AUUGGUGGCAGACUAAAUACUUUUUUGCCCCACUGUAUAACCUUAAUAUCCACCCCCAUGAGCACGUAUACAAUAAGAGACUGUGUGUGUUCCUCUGUGCAGAGCCCAACCCCCCCAUAGAUGAGGUCAUUUCCACUGCAGGUGUUGUCAAUCUUUUUGUGCAGUUCCUGAAGAGGAGUGAGAACUGCACUCUGCAGUUUGAGGCGGCCUGGGCACUCACCAACAUCGCCUCGGGGACCUUCCUGCACACUAAGGUGGUGAUUGAAACAGGAGCGGUCCCCAUCUUCAUCGAGCUGCUCAACUCUGAGUACGAGGAUGUCCAGGAACAGGCGGUGUGGGCCUUGGGGAACAUAGCUGGAGAUAACGCUGAGUGCAGAGACUACGUGCUGGACUGUGGUAUCCUGCCAUUUCUACAACAGUUACUCGCAAAGUCCAACCGUCUUACAACGACUCGCAACGCAGUGUGGGCUCUGUCCAACCUCUGCCGGGGGAAGAACCCACCACCCGAUUUUGCCAAAGUAUCUCCCUGUCUCAAGGUGCUGUCCCGGCUGCUAUUCAGCAGUGAUCCAGAUGUUCUGGCUGAUGCCUGCUGGGCUCUGUCCUACCUGUCUGACGGACCCAAUGAAAAGAUCCAGACGGUCAUCGACUCAGGGGUGUGCCGCAGAUUGGUGGAGCUGCUCAUGUAAGCAGGGUUGGG